UACGGCGAGUAUUCGGAGCAGUAUUCGGAGCAGUAUUCAGAUCAUUCUUCAGAUCAUUCUUCAGAGCAGUCUCCAGAAGAGUCUCCAGAAGAGUUUCCAGAAGAGUCUCCUGAGCGUGUACUGACAGAGUUUUCUCCAGUUGGGUCUGAUGAUACUGGCUUGACUCCGUCUUCGUUCAGACAGACCAGAGAGUCUUCUCUCGAUCCCGCGCAAAACAGAUUUGUCCCGUUAACGAUCGAGAUCCCAGAAACGCCCUCGGAAAUAAUGGAUGACCAGGACAAGAAAAUCCUGUCGCCCGCGGAGGCCAUGCAGAAAUGGAGCCAUUUUCAAGGAUCGACUCCUAAGGAGAAGCUGGAGAAUGCUUAUGCUCAAAUGCGGGCUAAACAAAAGUCCACCCCGGCCAGUGCGAGUGCGACCCCGUCAUCAGCAGGUGAUAUCGAGGCCUCUCCCUUGAUACCCGUCCCGGAUAAGGUCGAGCCUCUCAGCAUUAGAGUGGACAAGGAGCCUGUCACGCACGCAACCCACCAGGAAACCCACCACCACCACCACACCGCAACCGCAGAGCCUUUUGGGCCACCGGUGCAUGGCACCCACGAAGAGCAUCCGGUCAUACAGACAAUUCAACCUAGCGCCCUCACAGUAAGACAUGAUGAGGAGCCGGUCCCGGGCUCGGUCCAGCUUGGGCCGUCGGAAUUCGCCAUCACCGUCCCUAUGGAUUGCAGAGUGAAAGGCGACUACGAACGAAUCAUCAUGGAUGAGACCCGAGCUAUCCAGGAGUUCCUAGGAAGCUUUGGCUCUACAGCGCAAAGCUUAGAAAGCGAGCGUGAGCGCCUUUCCGCCAAGAUGUAUAAAAUGGUGGACAAGCUGAAUAAUGUCACCACUCAUCCGGAUAUCAAUUACGCCGAUGAACUCAAGGAUGUGGAAACGAGUCCCGACAAAGAAGCCUCCUGGGGAGAAUAUUCGAGCGCCAAAUUUCUCCUCUUAGGAUAUCUGACGAGAGCUGGAGUCAAUUCUGAUAUCCAUCUGGUUAUCAUGGUCCAGGAAGGGAAGUCGGUGAAUAUCAUGGAGCGUUAUCUACUGGGCAAAGGGUUCAGUUACACCAGACCGCGCGAAGAGAUGGGCAGCGGCACCAAUUUAGAGCUCUCCAUGAGAAAGGGUUCUCUGAGCAUGGGCAUCCAGCCCACUCAGAGUGAUGGAAUCAUGGAGGCCUAUAGACCGCCGUCCGCGAUAAUCGCACUGGACGCAUCCUUUAACAUCAAGAGCCCCUCUGUCGAGCACAUGCGCACCACGUAUGCUCGCCACAGCAAUCUUCUCCCGGUCAUUAGACUGGUGGUGGCUAGCACCGCCGAGCACAUCUCUCUCUGCCUGCCGAACAUUCCGGAAAUCGAGAGGCUCCGGUUCCUCGUUCAGUACACCCUCCGCCUGCGCGAUGUUGUUGGUGAGCUGCAAGACGACGCCCUCGGCGUGCAGGAAGAUGCCGAGGAAAUUUUGGCCUAUCUGCUCUCCGACGAUUUCCACACAAUCUGGCCCUUGCCAGUCAUUGAGCCCUUGCAAAUCGCCAGCCCGGCAGAGCUAGAGUCGUUGAUACAGGUGCCAAGUCCCGCAGAUCUUCCCGCCGUCUCUGCCGUCAACAAGCGUCUUUUCGAAGUCGAGGAAUCCGAUGAGCCGAUGACAAAACGGCAACGGAUGGUUGCCUCCCAAGAUCAGAGCCAAUUGACCGAGUCCUCUGGAGCCUUCCCUAGCCAGCCUCUGGGAGUUGAGCUACAAGCGUUCGAACAUAAUCUCAUGCAAAUGAGGACCUCGCACGCGGCGGAGAUGGAGAAACUCAAGGAAUCCCUGAGCGACGCCUCGGUCCGCCUGGAAGCAAAGGAAGAAGCAAUGGCCUCUCUUCAGCAUCGCUAUGAAAGCCGGGCGUUGGAGAUGCGGAAACUGCGCAAGGAGAACGAGGGUCUAAUCAGCGGCAAGGCCAAUCUGGAGCAACGCUUCGAGCGGCAGAAGGAAGACAACGCGAAGCUCCGCGACGAGCGCACCCAACUGAAGGAGGAGCUCAAGACGGCGCGCGAAGCCCUCCAGAACGGCGACAGCAGCAUGUCGGACCUUGAGUCUGUGCGAGCCGAGGUGCGCCGCCUGAAUGAGAAGAACGCCGGCCUGGAACGCAAAGCCGAGUACGAGAAGAAGCAGGCCGAGUACACGCGCGAGCAAUACCAGACAGCCAACAACGUUGUUGGCCAGCUGCGCAGCGAGGUCGGCCAACUGCGCGACGAGAACGAGACCCUCAAGCGCAAGGCCAGCGGCGACGCCAUCCGCCUCAAGGAACUCAACCUGAAGACCGACGAGGCGCGCUACCUUCUCCGCAUCGCAGAGCUGGAGGCCACCCUCACCGCGCGUGAGGACCUGCUCCGCCGCAAGGAAGACGAACUCCGCGAGCUCAAGAAGAACCGCCCUUCCACCCGCUCGACCAGCACGCAGCCUCGGAGCCCCAAAUGGGCCUCCGCCAGCCGGCCCACGAGCCCGGGCAUCAACAACGGCAAUAACGGCUCCGGUGUGCCUGGACGUGGCAGCGGCCUGCGAUUCAGUUCUGAAAUGUCGCUCUAGAAUCUAGAUUCAAAAUCCCUAGACAUACUUUUCUGCUUUCCCACACACGAUCAUGAUCUGCGCCCCUACAAUUUGCUAUCGUUUUUCUUUCUUUUCUUCCAUUCGUUACGACAUGCAUUGAUCCGGCGUUGGCCCUUCCCCCUUCCCUCAUACUCUCCUUUCCUGGUCCCCUCGACCUAUGAUUCCCAUCAUUCCCUUGCAACGCAAAUGGCCGUUGUGGUUCUAGCACUGAUCUGAUUUUAUUUCCAUUUUCCCCGACUGAUAGGUCUGCAGGACCCGUCCAGACUUGGUUUCUUGCGAUAGAGGUAGGACGACGUAAAUUAUCAAUGAAAUUCAUGAAUAAAUAU